AUGCCCAAGCGUAUACGGAUCACCACCCCUCCACCUGAGCUAGCGAAGGCGUCAAGUACGUCACAGCUAGAGACACCCAAGCGAGCUGCCAUAUUCGCUGUGCAGCUGUAUUGCCAACAACACGAGUUACCAUGCAGUUAUGAGCGUAUCUCCACUGUAUUUGGCAUACCCAAAAGUACUGUAGGUGACGUACUUGCAUCAGGGAGAUGCCGGAGGCUCCAAAACUCGGAUUCAAUCGAAACUCGGGGAGCCAACCCACAAACCAAGCGAACGAGGAAGAGAGAGCUUGUAGAAGUCAGUCCCAACGAAUCGCCUGAACCAAAGCUAGCGAAAAGACUCAGGCGCGACCGAGAGAACGCGAUUGUACGACUAGAGUCCGUGGUUCUACAACAUGCUGACCCUUUCUCGCUCAAGGAGGUGUUAACGCUACAGCUAAAGUAUGUAACGUACCCCAAACCGUCGUACAGCUUCGACCUGGAAGAUAUCAAAACAGGAAAGCAUAUCCAAACGGCCGCCAGAUAUAAGGAGCGAUAUGAUGGCAAGCCAGCCGAGAAAUUCCCGAAUUGGCCCUACGUAGUAUCCCAAGUUACAGCAGAGCUCGUCAAGAAGUAUAGCCUCGAAUCUAUCAAGCGUGACGAGGACAUUUUCGACCUGGUGGUCUCGAACGACUUUACUGGAUAUGGGUUGCAGGAGGUCAUAGAGAAUCAGCUCACAGCCAUCAACUCACUCAUGGCUAAGCGAGACGUUCCAGCCGAUGAGCUUGCUGUUGGACUCUGGGUACGCUUGUCAGCUUUCGCCCACUGGGCUCAAUCGCAACAACUAGCGCCUUGGUUCAUGAUGGAUGAUGGUCAACGCUGGCAGGACACUGUCGCAAUGAUUGGUAUCGCAAUUUUAGCCACGCUAAACGCUCUCGACCGGGCAAAGCUACUCAUGGAGCACUCCCCGGUCAGGGACCUGGGUCUGGUUCUCGCACUUCUUGGAGACUUCAUUUGCGAUUGUCUGGAUCAAGCCACGACCGUCCCAUAUCUAUCAUCGAACCCACGAGAAAUCUGCUGGCCGUACAAGAUUGUCUCCUACGCCAAGGCGAGCGGUAUCAAGAUCGAAGGCGUUCGCGGCAUCGAAGAGAGAUUUGUACAAAGAUUCGAUGACGUGGAUGAGGCGAACUAUUGGAAGAGAAAAGAUGGAUACGCCGAAAGCUUUAGUACAGUUCCAAAGGUUAGUCGGUUUUCCCUAGUUGGAUUUGAGCCUGCGGAGAAACUCCGCUACGACUCCGCCAAUCUCCGUGGACCCACAAUGAGCUCUCGGGAUACGCCCGCACCGUAUCACAACCUGAUAAUCUUUCGCUGUGGCCGUCAGCCGCAUCAUCUUGAAGAAGCUUUGCUUCGAUCGAUUCAAUACACUCGCUUCUUUCUACAAUCACUCAUACCACCUUCACGAGCCCACCACAAUGACAGUGGUACAUAUCGUAUGAUAGUUCUCUUCAAAUUCAAGCCGACUGUUUCAUUGGCACACAAGAACACCUUCGUUACACAACUCAAGGCGCUCAAAAAGCUUUCCUGCGUCCUGGACAAUAGAUUGAUCGUGGGGGGUCCAUCUAUAACUCAACCUAUCGACAAAAGCAAAGGCUAUGAGUUUGCUUUGUUGAGCUUUCAUCAAGACCGUAAAGCUUUAGAAGAGUAUCAGGCAAGCUCAGAGCAUAAGCGAGUUACUAGUGAAUAUUUGUGGCCGUAUAAGGAGGACGUUACCCGAUUUGACUUUGAGGUCACUAAAGAUGAUGAAUACAUGUGCCAGUUCGUCGCGAAAGGCUUGAUGGAAGAAGAUAGCAGCUCUUAG